GCGUUCCGUUGGUGGUGGGGUGGUGAGUGAGAGGCUAAACGAUGCUUCUGAGAUCAUUGAAGUGUCUGACAUGGACCUUUCCCCAUCGGAGGAGUGCGAGUACGAAUUCGAAGAUGAGCAGCUGGUUAUUCCCAUUCUUGUGGCCAACAUCUUUUGUUCCUUGGCAUUGGUGGAUGAGGCAGAGCCCCCAGCAGAGGUGGGAGGACUGAUGCAACAAGCGGCCAUUGACAUCUCUGGAUCUGAGGGAGUUUGGAAAGAAAAACUCAGGAGUAUCAGCAGUUCAAGUUUGAGCACCGCAGGGACGGAUGCGUCGCCAAGCUCCGUUAAGAGCGACGUCGAUGGGGCAAGCCAGGAGAAUCUGUGCCAGCACCUUGAGUGCCUGAGCAAAGCAAAGUGA